AUGCUAGACCAGAUCGAUCCACAGAUAUUUAAGGAUAUCAUUGAGACACGUAGGAUUAAUAAACAUAAAAGGAACACAGCUCAAAGUUUCAGAGAUCACAAUAGGAUAGUUUCAAGAAUGGAACAGAUAGGAAUUAAAGUCGACUUUGUUUCUGCUUGCCUAGAAAAAAUAUGCAAAGACAAAUUGACUACUGCAUUCUUAUUAUUGAUCGCAAAUUCACUUAUUUCUAAACUAAAUAUCCCGAUUGAUCGGUUAGCCAAAAGAAAUAGGACUGCAUUACUUUGCUGGUAUGCAGAGCACUGGGAAGAGGUAAGUCCUUAUAUUCCGGAUAUUGUCAGCGUCUCUAAAAAAGAAUCGAACAAAUCAAAUCUGAUAUUCAAUCCGUUUGACAUUUCUCAACUACUUAAUCAUCAUUGA